AUGACUGGAAUUAUAUCGGGAAUAUGGAGCAUGCUCUUGGAGGUUAUGUACUUCUGGCAAAGAAGAUUCAUACAAUGGAUGACUCGAAAGAAACCCGUACAGCUUUGGUCAGAUAUUUUACGGGAUGCCCAUACAUAUGAGGAAUGGGAAGAAGCUGCUUUUCAAUUAGAUGUUUUGUUGGGAAAUGAUUUAUGGUCGAACCCUACAUCCAAAUACUACGAUUAUCGAUUGAUUCAUGAAAGGUUGCAAUCAAUCAUCGUAGCCCGCGAAGAAGGAGAUAUCCUGCAACUAGUCAAUCUGCUGAGAUCUGGUCUCGUACGUAAUCUGGGGAAUAUAUCCGCUCCCCGGCUUUUCAAUCGCGCAUUUGCGGGCACCAAACUUUUGAUCGAAGAUUACAUUACACAAGUGGCACAGGCGGUGGCGGAUGUGACGCAUUUACCUACCACACCCGGCGCCGAUGGGAACAACGGAAGUGUGAUGGGCUUUAGCAGCCAGGCGAAAUUGGAUUUACUGCAUGACACCCGACAGGCUUUCGGGAGAAGUACAUUGGUAUUACAAGGCGGAGCAAUAUUUGGACUGUGUCAUUUGGGGGUUGUGAAGGCGUUGUUUAAUAGGGGGUUAUUACCGCGGAUUGUGACGGGUACGGCGACGGGUGCGCUCAUUGCAGCAUUGGUGGGAAUUCAUACGGAAGAUGAGUUGCCAAAGUUUUUGAAUGGAGAGAGUAUUGAUCUGUCGGCUUUUGCGGGUAAGGAGAAAGGACUCCAGGGAACGAGUGGGUGGUGGGAUACUCUGACGAGGAGAGUUAAGAGAUUUUAUAGAGAGGGGUAUUUUUUGGAUGUGAAAGUGUUGGAGGAAUGUGUGCGGGCAAAUGUGGGUGAUUUGACGUUUGAGGAAGCGUUUAAUAAAACCAAGAGAGUUUUGAAUAUUACAGUGGCCACGAGUGGGAAAGGGGGAGUACCAAACUUGCUUAAUUAUCUCACAGCACCCAAUGUGUUGAUAUGGUCUGCCGCCCUCGCAUCCAACGCCUCCACCCCCUCUCUCUACGGAUCCUCCGUCACCCUGAAAUGUAAAGAUCCUUCAACCGGCACCAUAAUUCCCUGGUCCGCUGCCUUAGACGCUACCUUCCGCCCCUGGACUCAUGCCUCAUAUACGGAUCGCGACUCACCCCUCUCCCGCAUCGCCGAGCUCUUCAACGUAAACCACUUCAUCGUCUCUCAAGCCCGUCCCUACCUCGUCCCCUUCCUUCAAUCCGACAUGCACGGUCCAUCUCGUCUCUACACUCGUGGAGGACGCACCUCUUUAACAGGCGGUUUAUUACGCCUCAUAACUAUGGAAAUCCAUCAUCGACUUCAGCAACUUGAUUCGCUUCAGCUUCUUCCUCUUUCCAUUCGCAGGUUCCUGGUGGAUGAACAUAUACCUGCCGCAUCUGUAACAUUGGUACCAGUCCUCUCCGCAAGUGAUUUUAUUCGACUUCUCGAGACGCCUACUCAGGAGAGUCUAGAUUAUUGGAUAUUGAGGGGAGAGAAAAGUGUGUGGCCAGCGGUAGGAGCUCUGAAAGUUAGAUGUGCGGUUGAGACCGAGUUGGAUAGGGGAUAUCAGAUUGUGAGGAGGAGGAAGGCGGGAGGGCUGAGGAGAAGAGGGAGUGUAGCUAAUGAGGGGCAUGGGGGAAAGAGGGAGCGGAGAGCUAGUAGUGUGGGGCCUAAGUGA